UAAGUGCACUCUAACAUACAGAUAAAGAAAUGAAUGAGCUGAUAAAUAUAUUGUAUCAUUUGUGAUCGCGCAGACGAAGAGACUAAACAUGACUAUUCGUUGGGGCAUUGUUACUUCUGGUAAGAUUACGCAUGACUUUGUCAAUGCUGUCAACUCUUAUCCUAAGAAAGGGGAUCAAGUAAUAGCUGCUGUUGCUGCACGAAAUAAAUUGAGAGCAGAAGAGUUCGCAAAAUUGCACAAAAUUGCCAAAGUUUAUGACUCUUACGAAGAUAUGGCAAAGGGAAAUGAAAUUGAUGUUGCCUACAUUGGGGCUUUAAAUCCAGAUCACUAUCGUCUUUCCAAAAUGUUCCUCGAAUGUGGUAAGCACGUACUUUGCGAAAAACCGUUAUGUUUGAACUACAAAGAAACCGAAAGCUUAAUCAGUAUUGCAAGAAAGAAAAAACUCUUUCUAAUGGAAGCUAUUUGGUCACGGUUUAAUCCAUUAUACAUAUCAUUGGAAAAAGAAAUCCAGUCCAAUAAUCUAGGCGACUUGCAAUUCGUCGAAGUAAACUUUGGAGUUUUAAUUGCAGAUGUUGACAGAUUAAGUAAAAAAGAACUCGGAGGUGGUGCUGUUCUUGAUAUUGGUAUUUACGCACUGCAAUUUGCACAAUUCAUUUUCAAAGAUGAACCAAUUAAAACUACUGCAGUUGGAGAAUUGAAUGAUGAUGGAGUGGAUCUAAUAGAUACGAUUGUUCUUGAAUAUAAAGGCGGAAGGCGUGCUGUCAUCAAUUUACAUACAAAAGCUAAACUUUGGAAUAAAGCAACUGUUGUUGGAAGCAAAGGAAGAGCCACGAUAGAAGAGCCUUUCCACUUUCCUCUAACAUUGACACAUGUUAAUGGUAAACAAGAAAAUAUAACACUACAUUCUUCAAACCAUGAAUACAAUUUUGAAAAUAGUGCUGGCCUUGUUUAUGAAGCUAUAGAAGCGGCACGUUGUAUUAAAGCAGGUUUAAUAGAAUCGCCACGCCUUACUCACCAAGAUACCUUGAUUCUAGCCAAGCUCAGAGAUAUUGUUCGGAAACAAGUUGGGGUAAACUUUGAUGUCGAUUAAUAAUUAAUAAUUAUUAUGUAUUAUAUAUUUAAUAAUAACACUUUGCAAUACAUUUAUUUUAU